AUGAUAGUCCAGCACAUCAAUGACUUCCUCGGUCACAAUCAAUCGACAACCCGACAUCUCGAUUAUAAGUCGACGUACUGGGAACGUUACAGAUUAAGGAUGAGGCAUGAGGUUGGGGGAGGACAUGCUCCUAUAUCACAAAAUCCAUUCCAGCCCGGUUUACCAUCAUUCCAACAACUUCUUUCCACAAUCGAAAUCCAGAUCCCACAGGACAGGAAGCCCAGCGGUAACACUUCUGUUGCAAUCGACUCAGCCAUCCCAUAUUCUCGGGGGUUUCAAUAUCACAACUAUAACGUCGCGGCACGUACAGCAUUUCACUCCACCAGUGGCAAACGUUUUCAGUCUCUGGACAAGCGCUCGGACAUCCAUUUAUCUGGUCCAAAUCGUACAGAUUGUUCCCCCAACAUGGCGCACACUGCCAUGGAGGCUCACAAAUCUAAUCUUUAUGCUCUAUCGACACUAGACUCACCCAGAUUGGCUUCGCACAAUGCCAGCUUCGACCAAGCCUCCUCUUCUGCUUCCAACAGUAUACGAUCUCCACUUGAACUCAAGCUUUGGCAUGAAGCAACCCAGAUUUUUCCCUUGAAUGAGAAAAUAGCUUUCACUAAAACUGGAAAACUGAGGAAGCGUCUAGAAAAGGCGUGCGAUCCUUGUCGUGAGAAGAAGGUUAAAUGUCGACUCCGCCUACCAAAAUGUAUUCACUGCCAGAAAUGUGGCUAUGAAUGCAAUGCUGAGUUGAUAUUACGGCCCGACUCGACAGGCACAAGUCUUCAAUCAUCCAACCAGUCCCCGAUCCCUACAGGUGUGUCUGAUACAAAGGGGUCUUCGAAUCAGCCGAAUAUAUCAAAGCAAAAUGAUGAACAGGAUUUUUCAGGCUUAAAGUCUGAAAUGUCAUCGACUAAGGCUCCGAAAAGGCUACGAAACGAAACACCGACCGAGGGUGACGACGUCCUAAAUGAGACGCUUCGGCAACCACCACAAAAGAAGAGAAUGACCACAGCUGCAUCUACCAUGUCUCUCGGGACGGUCGUCCAUGACGAACUCACCACGAAGUCAGAGACCUCAUUACGAUCUCCCUCCAUGGCGGCACUUCCAACAGUUCUCAAUUUCUCUUUAUACGCCGACCCGUAUGACAUCAAUCCGCGAGUGACACUGAAGUAUAUAGGCAAGUUCUUCGGCUUCGUUGACAAACACGUUUUGGCUGCGAUACCCAAGGCUCCAUUUCUGCAAUGGGUAAAGUCAUGUAAGCACAAAUCCCAGUCGGACAAGAUGAUGAUUUACUCAGUCCUGGCCUUGGGGUCCGUUUUCGCUGAUAUUUCGGCUGCCAAUACUUACACGUCAGACCUUUCGACGAUCGUUCAUGAAGGGCUCACGCUAUGUGGGGAGGACUUGUCCUUCCAGUUAGCUAUGACAUAUCUCUUAACAACACUGCUGUCGGCCAUGAGAGGAGAGUAUCACAAAGCAUGGGCUACUUGUGGUUCAACCAUGCAUACGCUCUUCGGCCUUCGCUUCAACACAGAAGCUGGCAUUCGCACCACAUCGAGAAGUGGAUCAUGGGAAGCUCAACUGGAGACGGACACGCUCAUGGAAAGUAGACGAAGCAUUACAUGGGCAGCCCUUGUCGUUGAGUGCCUGAAUGGGUGCUACACUACCCCUCUCUCGACGGCGGCAUGGUCGGAAUAUGACCUCUGGUUACCUCUCACGAAGAUACCAUUUCAGUUCCAUGGAUCACUUGAUCUGGCAAAUCUCUCCCCUCCGCAAGAAAUAAACCGUAAAUCAUUCACUACCGACGCCCUAGGAGAUUCAACACCGCUCUUCCAUCUCAUACAUCUGGCAACAAUAUUUCAUGAAGUCACAAAUUAUGCUCAUCAACAAAAAUCUCGUGUGAUUUCGAACCACCGGCCUUUCCAAAGCGAAAUUGAAAGGCGCCUGCAUAUGCUGAAAAGGUCUUUGCAUCGGUUUCAAGAAUAUGGGGGGAAUAAAAUUAUGUUCUUCGACUUGGAGAUACUAUAUCAUUGCAUCAAUCUUCACCUGCAUCGCUACAUUCGCCAUGGCGUGCUAAACUCUUCAGAGAUAGAAACCCAUGUCACAACCGGUCUGUCCCACGCCUAUCGGAUUUUGGAACGAGUGCAGUACCUCAACAGCGACGAGAAAAUGAGAAACUCACUUGCAGAGUUUCGGAUCACGAGCCCUUGCCUCGAAUUUGCGAUAACGGCUGCUCUGGAUGUUCUGACGGCAGCAGGAAAAUUCAACGACUUGACUGGCACAAGUAACAUCAUGUCCAUGGUUGCAAGUGGUCUCGAAGUCCUUGAUGAUUUGGCUCGGUAUUCUCAAAGCGCUAAACAACGAAGAGACUUGGUCAAGAGACGGCUGACAACCAUGCUUCAGUCGAUCACUCGCAGGACAGGGAAUCAGCGGAAAGCUUUCUACUUCAAAGAUCCUUUAUUGUUGCGUUUUGGAAUGGAACAGGAUGUGAUUUAUGGCAUCACGAGGAUUCACUAUUUUCAGGCCUUAGAUUCGCGAGAGGCGUUUACUGAUGAUGAUUUUCACGAGUUGAAGGAUUCAUUAUAG